AUGAAAUAUAAGGAAGAAGACGAAGCGGUUACGUGUACAGGUUAGACGAUGUAACUUUAUUUUCAAAUUCUUUUUGGGUUUUUCAAAAUUUAGAUAUCGACAAAACAUUGGAACUCAACGGAAAUAUCAAAAAAUGGGUCAGGCCGUUAGCAGAAGCUUUGACAUUUCUUCCAAUGAAUACUGUUUAAGAUUCAUAGGAAAAGAAACCAUAGUAGCCAAUGAUCCCUUCUGGAAUCGUUUUUUAGCCUUCAAUAUCACCCCACCAAUGACAAUAAACGAACAGCUAGCUAUCGAAUCAAAAAUCGAACCUUUAUGUCAGGAGCUGUUGAAGAAUAAUUUGAGUUCUGGAAACUUCAAUUCCCUUAUUCAAUGUUUCCUCACAAAGUCAACUGAGUUAUUAUCAGCUACAAAUUCUAAUGCGGAGCUUUUUAACUGGCAACUUUUCAACACCAUCUUUACGAUACGUUGCAUUUUAAAGUUCAUGACCGAAAUUCUUCCUGAAGAAGAACUGAUGAAACAUAUUGAGUUUAAGGGAAGUGGGAACUAUGUAGAGUCCUUUAUUGGCACAUUGGUGGGCAUAAUAGUAGAUGUACCAGUCGAAGACUCGACUUAUCUCAUUCAUUUGGAAGCUUUGACUUGUUUAUUGGUGUGCCUGUCUGUUCAGUUUCACUCUGGUGGCAGAUCAGAUCAAAGUAUGAUAUACAGACUCAUCAUGAGGGGCAAGCAUGUUAUACAUGCCCCGGUUUUGGUGAAAAGUUUGCUGACAAAUUUUAUCAGCCAAGGGAAGUUACCCCCUGGAUAUGGUGGGAAUCAUGGCCACAGCAUAGUACUAGGUUUGGCUUCAGAUUUGUGGUCUUUGCUGACUUUCAGUAAAAAAUCAACUGAGGAAGUGGUUUCUCCCGAAUUGAAUGAUUUCCAGCAAGCCCCUCUAGCUAGUCAAAGUUUAUUGCUACUUCUUGUAUUAGUGCAUCAUUGGACAACAACUUCAAAUCCAUACAGGAACAGUUUGUUUUCCUGUUUAGAUAGUCAAGAUACCAAUCCAGUACCUCCUACCAAAGCAUCAUCUUUGUUCAAAAUAGAUUUCAACUUAUUGUUCCUGACGUUAUGUGAGAAAGCGACAGGAGACGCUGCAACUUUGCUUUUGUAUUUGUUGCUGCAUCGAAACCAAUCAUUUAAAUCAUUCCUACUGAGAAGAGCAGACUUAGAUCAAUUGAUUGUACCAAUCCUGAAGACCCUGUAUAAUGCUCCAAAUAGCAAUUCUCAUCAUAUAUACAUGUCUCUGAUCAUAUUGCUCAUAAUGAGUGAAGAUGACAGCUUUAAUACUAAUAUCCAUGAUUUGAAACUUAAAACCGUCGACUGGUACACGGAGAGAGCUUUGACAGAAAUUUCCUUGGGAGGCCUGCUUAUACUAGUCAUCCUACGAACAGUUCAAUACAACAUGCUCAAAAUGCGAGACAAGUACCUACAUACAAACUGCCUAGCCGCCCUGGCUAACAUGUCAUCACAGUUCCGCAACCUGCACCCGUACGUUAGCCAACGGCUGAUAUCUCUGUUAGAAACCCUAGCCAAAAAAUACCACAGACUUAUCGAGCUUGCAAAGACUGAAAAAGAACGCGAAGACUCUGAAGUCGUCGUAUCUGUGAAGGACUCUGCUGACGUCGAACAGGACCUUACGGUGCUAGAGGAGGUCUUGCGGAUGGUAUUGGAGAUUCUCAACUCGUGCUUAUCGACGCAGCUGGCCAACAAUCCUAACCUCAUUUACACGUUUCUGUAUAACAGGCACACAUUCGAGUUGUUCAAGAACGAUGUCGUGUUCCAGGACAUUAUACAUAACUUGGAUAUUAUCAUUAAGUAUUUUUCUGAAUUGCUGCAUGAUAAGUCCAGAGAGCACGAAGUCGAUGCCCAUCAGGUGCUGUUGGUAAUUCAGCAAGGUGCUAGGAACUGGCCAAAGGAUAAAUUAACGAAAUUUCCUGAUCUCAAGUUCAAAUACGUUGAGGAAGACCAACCCGAAGACUUCUUCAUUCCUUACGUGUGGGCCCUUGUUGGUCAGCAGUCAGUUUUGAAUUGGUCUAAUGACUCAUUGUCAGUUUUAACAAGUAUUUGCUAACAAUUCCAAAAAUAACAUGAUAUAAAUAAUGUAUAUAUGUUAAAUAAAUUUUAAUUUAUAGUUACUUGUAAUUAUAAUACCCAGAAAUAUUUAUAACAAAAUUGUUGAUAUGUAUUAUUAAUUUUUUAAUAAAAGUAUGUUUUUUUCCCAA